UAUUCUAAAUGUCUUUGUUUUGGCCAAAAAAAUUAUAGAAAGUUUGAGCUGAAUAUUUGGUGUAGCAGCAUAAGCCAAUCAGGGAACGUGUCAGAGACUGUGUCACUGCCCAAAGAUGGAGGGGCGAGAAGGAAAGAUGUGGACGUUUGAUGGAAUUUGAUGACAAAUAUUUCGCCUGAGGACUCACCUUGUCUGCGAAAUAAGGACACGUAGGAUUUCUAUCAUUACUGCGAUUGAUACGCAACAGAUGUACAAGCGUGUAAAUACCGUGGAGCACAGGAAGCGGCCACUCUGUGGGUGUGUAGUUUUGACAGUUCAUGCAGGAACUUAAUUACAACAACAACGUCUACACCAAAUCAGUCAAGAUGAAUCCGUUUGAACCAGUUUCCAUGGAGCGGGCCCCGUCGCCGGCUCGCCUGGCCUACACCUCCGACAAGCACCCCAGGCACACUUUGGAAGCAAUAAACGUACUACGCAAACACAGAGAACUUUGUGAUGUAGUGCUGAUAGUUGGACAGAGAAAAAUAUUUGCUCAUCGAGUGAUUCUGUCAGCAUGCAGCCCAUAUUUUCAUGCUAUGUUCACUGGGGAGCUUGCGGAAAGCCGGCAGACUGAAGUGACCAUCCGUGACAUAGAUGAAAAUGCCAUGGAGUUGCUUAUAGACUUUUGCUACACAUCCAACAUCACUGUGGAAGAAAGCAAUGUUCAGACUCUACUGCCUGCCGCUUGUCUUCUCCAGCUGGCUGAGAUACAAGAUGUGUGCUGCGAAUUCCUCAAAAGACAACUCGACCCCUCAAACUGCCUCGGGAUACGAGCUUUCGCAGACACCCACGCCUGUAGAGAUUUGCUAAGAAUAGCGGAUAAGUUUACACAACACAAUUUUCAAGAGGUCAUGGAAAGUGAGGAGUUUUUACUGUUACCUGUGAAUCAGCUGGUAGACAUCAUCUCCAGCGAUGAGUUGAAUGUGAGAAGUGAGGAGCAGGUGUACAACGCUGUAAUGGGCUGGGUCAAGUACAACAUACAAGAGAGGCGAAACCAUCUACCUAUGGUAUUACAACAUGUGAGGUUACCCUUAAUGAGUCCCAAAUUUCUAGUCGGAACUGUUGGAUCCGACCUGUUAAUUAAAAGCGACGAGUCUUGUCGAGAUCUAGUCGAUGAAGCCAAAAAUUAUCUCCUCCUGCCACAAGAGCGCCCCCUUAUGCAAGGCCCGAGGACACGCCCCCGUAAACCCAUACGUUGUGGUGAAGUCUUGUUUGCAGUUGGAGGCUGGUGCAGUGGAGAUGCCAUAUCCAGCGUGGAGAGAUUUGACCCACAGACUAAUGAGUGGCGGAUGGUUGCACCAAUGAGCAAGCGGCGUUGUGGAGUGGGCGUGGCUGUACUGAAUAGUCUUCUGUAUGCAGUGGGAGGUCAUGAUGGCCAGUCUUAUUUAAAUAGCAUAGAACGAUAUGACCCUCAGACCAACCAGUGGAGCAGUGAUGUUGCCCCGACCAGUUCGUGUCGAACCAGUGUGGGUGUGGCUGUGUUAGACAGUUACAUGUAUGCUGUGGGGGGUCAGGAUGGAGUCUCAUGUCUUAACUUUGUGGAAAGAUAUGACCCCCAGCUGAACAAGUGGAACAAAGUGGCCUCUAUGAGCACCCGACGGCUGGGAGUGGGGGUGGCAGUGUUAGGAGGGUACCUGUAUGCUGUGGGAGGGAGUGACGGGACCUCACCUCUUAAUACAGUGGAGCGUUAUGACCCUCGGUCUAACCGUUGGACCCCGGUCUCUCCCAUGGGCACCCGCAGAAAACACCUGGGAGUAGCCGUCUACAACAACAUGAUCUACGCUGUGGGGGGCAGGGAUGAUGCCACAGAGCUGAGCAGUGCUGAGAGGUACAAUCCACCCACCAACACAUGGCAGCCAGUCGUUGCCAUGACAUCUCGGAGGAGCGGGGUUGGUUUGGCCGUGGUGAAUGGUCAGUUGAUGGCCAUAGGAGGGUUUGAUGGGACGACCUACUUGAAGACCAUCGAGGUUUAUGACCCAGAACAGAACUGCUGGAAGCUGUGUGGUGGGAUGAACUAUCGCCGCCUUGGAGGUGGAGUGGGUGUCGUCAGAAUGCCACACAAUGAACCGCACCUCUGGUGACUAGCGUGGGGCAGAAAGGACAGAGGUCAAGGUCAUAACAAGGUGGUCGCAAGUAAUCCGGGUCAAAGUUUGUCACAAAACUUCAACCAUCUGAAACCAGAUAUCUGGGCAAUGGAGUAACCUGGACCAGGGACUGCAUUUGACAACCUCCACACAGGAUGAUCUCCCCUUCAUUGUCAGUGUUUUGUCAUUGUCAGUAUUUUAACAUGUGAAAGAUCUGUAUUUCAACUUGACACUUGUGCAAACCUGAUCGUGUGACCCACCUUGUGUACUGCUGGGCAAACUGCUUUAAGGGGAGAUAACUGUGUAACGUCUGACUAAAGUUUGACCAGAUUUGCCAGACCAUGAUCUGGAAACUAUUCUUUCUGCCUGGUGAAAACACUGUGUGACUUUGCAAUAAGUUAUUGACGACUUUUUUGCCACAAGAUGAUUUAUUAUAUCAUCCUGAUGGUUUCAUAAUUCUGCUUUAUUGGAAAUUGUCCUUUGUAAGCAUCCUGUGUUGUUACGAUAUCAUACUGUCCUGCUGUCAUAUGUGGGAGACUGCUUGUGAGGCAGAGAUUCUGUUUCGUGAAGUACUUUUUGUGCUUGUGUCAGAUAUUUAUGAAAACAAUGAAUGCUCUAAUGGUGGACUGAAAAGUGCCCACAAGGUCACUGGAUCUGAUCAUGGAGAAUAAUUUUAUGCAUUGUCCAUUAUUUUGUGAUUGAUACAUCUGAUGUCUGCACACAUUAAACAUCAGGCUGAUGCUUACGUGUUCGUCAAAAAUUGUCUUCUCUAAGAACACAUUAUAUUCGUCUGUUUUUUUUUGUUGUGCAUUACCUGGGGACAUUUGACAAAUUAGAAGGUAAAUUGUGCAAUGUUGUCCAACAGGCACUGCUACCAAGUUAUCGGAUCCGAAAAUAAGUGCUUUUGUUGUAAGAGAAAUAAAGUAGAUUGAACAUCAAACAUUCAGUAGUUUGCAACAGUUUGAGUGUUGUUUGCAACGGGUAAACUGUGGAGCUCUUGAGAAUUGUUGCUGUCUUAAGAGGUCUACAAAUGCAAAGCAGUACUUGAAACAACAUUGCAGUCACAGGGUCUGUCAACGUCAGAUUUACUAACAACAUUUUUAUUAUUUUUGUUUUUUUGUGUUUUUUGUUAAUGCAUGCAUUUUGUGAUUGAUACAUUGAAUGUCUGCACACAUCAACCAUUAGACUGAUGUUUAGGUGUUCCGUUAAAAAUAUCAAGGUUUGUAAACACAUCAUUUGUCCAUCAAUACCAAACAGAAUU